AUGCUUGGUACCCAUCGUGAAACCUCAGUUGAAGCCGUUGGGGGUCUGCUAGAAGACGCAAAAGACAUUAUUAUUGCACCCGGCUACGGUCUCUGUGUUGCUAAGGCUCAAUAUCCCAUCGCUGAAUUGGUCAAACUUCUUACAAAGCGAGGAAAGCGCGUUCGAUUUGCUAUUCAUCCCGUGGCUGGUCGAAUGCCUGGCCAAUUAAACGUUCUGCUUGCGGAAGCUGGGGUACCCUACGACAUUGUCUUCGAGAUGGACGAGAUCAAUGCUGACUUCCCAAAAGCUGAUGUGGUUCUUGUUAUCGGCGCUAAUGAUACUGUCAACUCUGCAGCUGAAGAGGAUCCCAACUCUAUACUCGCCGGGAUGCCCGUCCUCCGUGUCUGGUUGGCUAAAAAGGUGAUAAUGGUGAAACGGACUUUGGGAGUGGGGUAUGCAGCUGUGGACAACCCAGUAUUCUUCAAGGAGAACACUGACAUGCUUUUGGGUGAUGCAAAGAAAGUUUGUGACGGUCUGCUGGCUCACUUCCAAGAAGAUCAAUAG